AUGAAAACCUUCUUUUUACUCUCCUGCCUUCUUCUUUUCAUGGCUUCUGGCAACAAUCAGGCCAAGACAAAUGCUACAACACUCACACCAAACAAUGACCAAGGUUUGGAUGCCAUCCUGACCCCAGCAUCCAUGGAAACCAAGGAUCAGACUGGGGAUACCCUGAACCUAACGUCUGUGGAAACCAGCUAUCAGAGCACCAAUCAGAGGAACAAUCAGACCAGCCCUCUGACCAAGGGCACCACUCAGUCCCCAGGAUCCACAGAAACUACCCCACUGACCAAGGGCACCACUCAGUCCCCAGGAUCCACAGAAACUAGCCCUCUGACCGAGGGCACCACUCAAUCCCCAGGAUCCACAGAAACUAGCCCUCAGACUGAGGGCACCAGUCAGCCCCCAGCAUCCACAGCAACCAGCCCUCAGACCACUCCUGAAAGUCCUUGUAUAAAGAAGGGCUGUGGAGGUGCUUCCUCUUGUAUAGAACUGAAUGAUGAAGCCUAUUGCCAGUGUUCAGAAGGGCAUUACUAUAACUAUAACGAGUCAAUGUGUUAUGAAGGAAAAACAUUCCUUGGGACAAUUACAGUAUCAACGGACAUAUCAGGCCUAGAUGAUGAAAAGUCUCAAAACUAUCAGAUUUUCUAUUUUGAUGUAGAAAAUUUCUUUAAAGAUGCAUUUGCCAAAGACAAUACAUUUCAACAAACAAUAAUUCUUGACCUACAGACAACGACCAGAUCUGUAAUUCGCAGUCAAGGCCAAGCUGUUGUAACAGUCACAAACAUAUUUGAAAAAAAUUCCAAAACUAACGAGAAUGACGUUAUGGAAGCCAUUAAUAAACAAAUGAGCAUUAAUAAUACUUUUUCUUACCAGGAGAAGAAUACCUGUGACCUGACUGGUUGCGUCAAUGAUUGCACAGAUGGUUUAAAAUGUACAUGCCGAGCAGACCUGGCAAGACCGCAAAUCUCUCCUUCUUCUUUCUGCUCAGUUUGUUCCGCUGAUUGUGAGGAAAAAAACCAUCAGCAAUGUAUUAAAGAUCCCAAUGCUCUACUUCCAAAAUGCCAGUGCCUGCCGGGCUACAUCAGGAAGGAUGAUGGCAAAUGUCAGGAGUGCAGUUUUGGAUAUAGUGGGGUAGACUGCAAGAACAACUAUCUGCUGGUCCUCACUGUGGUAUGUUCUGUCGGUGGGGCCAUCCUCCUGGGCACAAUAAUCUCUCUGAUUGUUGUAGUCAGUUCAAAGAAGAAGAGGAAGAGCAACGAAGAGGACAGUCUGAUCAGUAAUGACUCCAAUAUGAGGUUGGGGACUCUAGGAUUCAGCAACCUAGGAGCCUCCAAUGGGAGCCUCUUCCCCAAGGUCACUGCUAAUCAAUAUGGCAGCACCCAAAGCAAUGGGAGAAGUAAUCCCUAUGAAGACCACUAUUCCCCAAAAUCUAUGCCUGCACGAGAUUAUUAG